CAGAAUGGAAGGGGAUUACAAGAUGGAUGAUAGCAACAAGUUGGCCCUAAUGUCCGAAUCGCCUCCGGAUUACACCGAGUCGCCCAAGCCUCCCGACCUUCCUUGGGGGAAACUCUUCAUCAUGGCGAUGGCGGUCGUGGGGAUGGCAUUGCUGGCCCUGACUUUCCUGCUGGCCGGGCUUCACAUAACGGAGAAACAUGCAGAGGCGGUCCUGCAAAUGACCAUUCAAGGCCUGGACGGCAAAGGGUCCUCCCAGCACCUGACCAUGAGCCAGAAGGAGAAACUGGCCAUAUUUCCCAUCCACAUGAAGCUCAACUCUUCGGCCACGGUGGUUUAUGACCACAGCAAUCUGGUGAUCGGCUACAGAUCGUGGCCAGGAAAGUCCUGCUAUGUCACCAGAAUGAACCCGAAGGACAUCCAAAGCCUGGAUGCCCUCGCUGAGAUCUUCCAGCAUGUCCAGGAGCCCCCUCCCCUGCUGCCCCAUGAACAGGGAGAGAAGCCAGUGGAAAACCUCUCGGCAGUGCCAGCUCAGCGUUCAACCUUGGGAGUCGCCAUCAACCUUCUCUGCGGCAGCCUCCCCGUCUACUGGGCUUAACGGAGUCAGGAUGAGAGGCAGAGCGGCGGGCAGGGAAA